AUGGUUAGAAUCAAUGCCCACCAGGAGGAGGAUGAAGGAACUCCCGAUAGCUCUUCCCCCGGAGGAAAGAGUGAGAGGAAAAGAGAUGAUAAGAAAGUGAAUGCUUUAAGGUCGAAACAUUCAGAGACGGAGCAACGUAGGAGAAGCAAGAUUAAUGAAAGAUUUCAAAUUUUAAUGGAGUUAAUACCAGAAAGUGAUCAGAAGAGAGAUAAAGCUUCGUUUUUGUUGGAGGUUAUACAGUAUAUCCAGUUUUUACAGGAGAGGUUACAGAUGUACGAGGGAACCUAUCAAGGUUGGAGUCCAGAGCCCACAAAGUUGAUGCCAUGGAGAAGCAAUUCUGAGCUAGUCGGAAGCUUUAUAGGCCAAUCUCAACUUGCUAGGAACGGAACAGAUCAUGAAGAUAACUAUAUUAUCAAUCCAACAAUGCUUAAUCAUGCACAAAACUCAGUGGAAUCUGACUCGAGUGGAGACAUCUUAUGUAAACCAACAGAAAGUCCACAUGUGGCACCGAACGACACAAUUCCUCUUAACAUUCCUCUGCAGUCAAAUUUGUUCGAAGGUGUAUCUUGCCAACCUUCUCAGGGAUCUUAUUUAGACGCAGAGCAAUUGACACCUCAGUCACAAUCCCAAUUUUGGUUGGGGAAAUCAUGUGCAAAUGAGUCAUCAGUUCCUAUCUACAUUCCAAAUGAGGAUGAAGAGCUGAAGAGUGAAAGUGGGGAAGCUAGCAUCUCAAGAACCUAUUCUCAAGGGUUGUUGAAUAACCUUACCAGUGCGCUGCAAUCAUCUGGUGUAGAUUUGUCCCAAGCCAGUAUUUCUGUGCAACUUGAUAUUUGCAAGCUUGCAAAUAGUGGUAGUACUGCUACCGUGUUCAGUGCAAAGGAUCACGAGAACCCAUCUGGUGUUAAUUCUGCAGAUUUUGGGGAUAUUGAUGAGAAUUAUGUCCAUCCUCAUAAAAGGCCAAGGGUAGAAAGGAGCUAA